AUGAAAGGCCAGACACGGUUUGAAGUUAAAGGCAAAUUGGCACUGCGGUACAUUGGCCUAUAUGAGAUUAUCGAGAAAAUCAAUCCAGUGAUGUAUCAAGUGGCCUUACCUCCACUCAUGAAAAAUAUGCACAAUGUCUUUCAUGUUUCGAUGCUUUGGGAUUAUUUACAAGAUCCGUUACAUGUGAUUGAACCGACACACAUGCUACUGAAAGAUGACUUCACAUAUGAAGAAUAUCCAAUUCAAAUUGUCAACCAGAGGAUCGAAAGAUUAAGAAACAAAGAAAUCCCGUUGGUGAAAGUAGAUUGGCAAAAUAAUGAAGGGAUGUAUGCAACUUGGGAGAUUGAAGAAGAUAUGAUGAGACGAUAUCCAGAUUUGUUCCCUCUAGACUCGGCUUCAUCUGCAAUAAAGGAAUAUUUGCCUGUAAUUCUACGUGAAUCUGUGAAUUGA